AAAACAAAACAAGUAGUACUACAUAUGUGUUGGUCUUUUUUAUUUUUAUUUAUUUUUUGUUCUUAUUCCCUAACAAGCUUGGAGGAUCAUUAUUUUGUUUUUUCUUUACUUUCCAUUUUAUAUUUCUUCUAUGUAUAUAUAUAAGCACUACUCAACCAAACCAUCUUUCUUUCUUGAUCAUCAUCAUAUCUCAAUUAGGUACUAUGUCAUCAUCUCAUUUGGACUUGAGUGGUUGCAAGAAGAGAAAAAGAGGAGAGAGGGUUUUUAGGUUCAAGAACUUUGGGGAGAAUGGUUACCCGGUCGAAUUCGUGGGGUGUUUUAGAGAAAAUGUGAAAGCGUUGCUUGAAUUUGGGCAUUUGGAGAGUAAUUUGUGCACGACGGGCAUGCCAUGUUGGUCUUUUCAGCUAGAAAUUCAUCGCCACCCUCCUCUUCAUGUUCUUCUCUUCGUCGUAGAAGAGCCUAUUAAUGAUGCUUCAAAUAGUAUUGUUGACCGUAGUUGCAACCAAUGUCAAUACGUUGGUUGGGGAAACCACAUGAUUUGCAAUAAGAAGUACCAUUUCGUGUUGCCUUCGAAAGAAUCCAUGGUGGCGGCUUGUUUGAACAGCAAAGGCGGUGACAGUGGCGGUAGCGGUGGUAGUAGUCAUCAUCAUAAUAAAAAUCAAGUGGUGAUGGACUCAGGGAAUUAUAAUAAGUCCAACAUAUUUGUGGAAUCAAAAGGGCAUGUGAUGCAUGGUGUGUUUCACUCAAAUGGGUUUGGGCAUUUGGUUUGUGUCAAUGGGUUAGAAACUGGUUCAGAUUUGCCUGGCCAUCACAUUCUUCAAUUUUGGGAUCGUUUGUCUACUGCCUUACGUGCCAGGAAAGUGAGUCUAAACGACACUGCCCAAAAGAGAGGCAUGGAAUUGAGGCUAAUCCAUGGAGUUGCUUAUGGCGAGCCAUGGUUCGGAAGGUGGGGUUACAAGUUUGGUCGAGGAACCUAUUGUGUCACACAACAAAUGCACCAAAGAGCCCUAGAAGCCUUAAGAGGCAUACCCUUAACACUUCUUAUCCACCAUUUUUGCACAUCAAAUCGUGACUUACCUUUAAUAAUCUCAAGGUACCAAACACUUUCUGAUCAUUCUUUGACUACCUUAGGCGACAUAUUCCAUUACAUGUUAGAACUCAAGUCUCGCCUCCCCAACGAAACUUCCAACAUGGAAUCAUACAACCCUGGAAUCUUGGUCGAAACUACAUGUCGUUGGUCUCCAAAAAGAGUCGAAAUGGCCACUAGGGUUAUUGUAGAAGCCUUGAAAAGAGCUCAAUUUAGAUGGGUUUCAAGGCAACAAGUUAGGGAUGCAGCUCGUAACUAUAUUGGAGAUACCGGUUUAUUAGAUUUUGUCCUCAAAUCACUUGGUAAUCAAAUUGUUGGGAAUUACUUGGUAAGACGAAGCCUAAACCCUGUCACAAAAGUUCUUGAGUAUUGUUUAGAAGACAUUUCGAAUGUAUUUCCUGAUCAUCAUCACCAUCAUCGUGAAGGUAAUAAUAAUAAUGAUAAAACAAAAUACUCAAAAUACAAAAUCACACGAUUUCAAUUGAUGAAAGACAUGUUUUAUUUGUACAAGUACAUUCUCAAAGACCAAAACAACAUAAUUUGCUCUAUGAAUGGAGAUGGAAGUACUAAUAUUCUUUCAGCAAUUCCAUUGGCGGUAAGGAUUGUACUCGAUACUAAGUACCUUAUCAAAGAGUACCACAAUGAUUUUUCAUCAAAAAUGGAGUUAAGUUUGGAAGGAAAAUUUAAUUUGUGUUGUACAAUUAUGUUGAAAGACACUACUACUCAAAGUGAAGAAGGUAACUUGGUGAACAAGUCAUUAAUGAUGCCAUUGCCUCCAUAUGAGUGUGUGAGUAUUAAUAAAAAUGCUACCAUAGAUGAAUUGAAGCUAGAAGUAGAAAAAAACUUCAAAGAGAUUUAUUGGAGCUUGAGUAGCUUAGUUGUGGAGUCUAUUCAUAACUUGAACACAAAGGGAACCGAUUUGGCUCUUGGGAUGGUUUCAGAAGUUGGUCAAAAACUAGUUUUUGUUGGUAGAAAUAAUACUAAAUACAAUUGUAAUGAUAUUAUCAAUAGUUAUGAGUGCUUAUAUGGAUCAUCAUGUAGCUCUAGCAUUAAUAACAACAUUAUUAAUAGCACUAAUAGUAAUAGUAAUAGUAAUAGUAAUAAAGAAAGUGUUAUGGAUUGUGUUUGUGGGGCCAAAGAUGAUGAUGGAGAAAGAAGGGUCUCGUGUGACAUUUGUGAGACUUGGCAACAUACUCGUUGUGUUGGGAUUCCUAAUAGUGAAGAAGUUCCUCAUGUAUUUAUCUGCACUAGAUGUGAGCAAGAGAUUGUCUUGUUACCUAAUUCUCUUCCUUAAAUAUUGAUUAAUUAAGUAAUAGGUUUAAGUGUGAAAUUAGUUAAUUAAUUAUUGUUUGUAAUAAUUAAUAAUAAUUAAGCUUCUAAUAAUAAGUGGUAGUUAUUGAUUUUAUGGUCAAUUUGCAUGUGUUUGUUUAUCUUUCCAAACAUUGUGCAUUAAUGUAAAAGGAGUUCAUAAAUGAAGUACUAUAAAGUUUCUUGCUAGCUGUU